AUUACGCAUCUGCGAGAUGCGUGAGAGCAGCAGAACAACAUCACAUGCUUGGCUUUAUGCCAGCGGAGCGCUCGAACGGAAGAACGCUGAACUUUGAACACCCUGCUAUCAUGUCAAUCUGGAGGCGGCAAUGUCUAUGUGCGAAUGCUGGGCCGUCAGUCUGCAAUUCGGCAUCGGAAUGAGCACAGCUGCCGAAGACAAUCUAUUCUGCAGGCAGUUUAGAGAGCUGACGAUCAGCCGCCGCGGGGGGUUGCUGGUCAUCCAGUUCCAGCGAUGGCAACGGCGCACCAUCUACGAGCUCAUGAGAGCACUGGACGCAGCCAAUGCGGAUGGCGACAUCAGCAUAGUAGUGCUGUCGGGCGAGUUUGCCGUGGGACGUGAGGGUGAUUGCCAGCCGCUGGCUCUGGAGCAGGGACCAGGGAGAGAGAAACGCGACGAGGUCGAGGAUCGGUUCAUCCAGCAGCGGGCAGCCGAUUUUGUGAUGCGUUCGCUGGCCAAGAAGCUGCUUAGCUGCCGAAAGCUACUGGUGGCUUUUGUACAGGGCCCUUGCCAGGGCCUGGGGGUCACCAUCUGCUGCCUCUGCGACCUCGUCUACGCCACGGAGGCCGCCUACUUCCUGCUAUCGCUCUCCCAUCUACAUCCCUGCGUCGAGGCGGGACCAAGCUGGAGCCUUCCACACAUCGAGGUGUUACUCCGACUAGGGGAACGGGCCGAUGCUAGGUCUGCCUUGGGAAGCGGCUUUGUCGCCAGCCUGGCGGCAGGCGCGCAGCAUUUCUGGACACGCAUGGAUCAGCAUUCGCGCCUGCCCACUGCAUCCCUGCUGGCUACCAAGCGACACCUUCUCCGGCCGUGGCGCGAACAACUGCUGGCCCAACUCCGGAAGGAGAGCACACCACUGGCUGCUCAGCGUCGCCGCCUACCUUCGGCCAAGCUGUGAUCAUACGUGCACUCCAACACACACAGAUAAAUAUUAUCAGCCAUGCUCCGGUUAUCGCAAAUGAUUAUUUUAUAUUUUUGUAACCGAAAAAAUCAUACACUUAGAAUAGCCGCACAACAGAAUUAAAUAUACUAAAUCGCUACUCUAAGGAUAAUCUAUCCAUUUAUGUUUAAUGGAUAUUCUGCGGUGAUAAUAAUUAUUUGUAUAU